UUACUUUAUUGGUUUUUGGAACUGCGGAAACCUGAUAAUGUUGGGAUAUAUUAUGGUAGUGGCUUUUGGUAAAGGGAAGCCAGGCGCCAGGUGUUUGUCUUGAGUUCCAGUCCAAAGUUUCAACCUCUCUGGUUCUUGGGUUAUGUUCUCUGACUCUUUACAAGGAGCACCCAGUAAGAUUUUCCUUCACUUUCUUGGGGGGUUUUGUUAUUUUCCACAAUUUUGAAGUAGUUUAUGGUAAGCUCAUUAAUUUGCGGUUGAGGUAGCUCGGUGGCAGUUUGAGAAAUUGAGGCAGUUUUUAGUAAUAUAUUAGUUGUUUCCUCUGAUGUGAUACAGGUACAAAGAUGAGUUCUUUGAGAAGUAUAGAACUUGGUUAUGGGUGUGUGUAUCUCAUUAGCUUUACCCCGUAAGAAUUUUCCUUCACUUUCUUGGGGUUUUGAUGCAGUCCACUAGUUUGAAGUAGAUUACAGUAAGUUUAAUAACUUUGGCCUUGAAAAUUUCUCACUGACAAUUUUGAAUUUGAGGCAAUUUUAAGGUAAGGUAUCAGUUGUUUCCUCGGAUUUGAUACAGAUGCAAAUAUGAGAUCUUUCAGUAAUUUAGGACUUGGCUUGAGCCUAGUUUUUGGGUGCCUUUUCUUAGCUCUUAUUGCAGAGCUUUACUACUUGUUAUGGUGGAAGAGAAGGAUCACCAACAGAGAGAUUGAAGAUGAUUACAGCAGUCCAGCAAGAGAGUUCAUGUACAGGUUUUGUUGGAAAAAGCCAUUAUGUUUAAGCUCUGUAGCUCUGAACCCCCAAGAAUUGUGUUCUUCUGUUAGAAUUAUAGACAGCCAUGUCCAUGAACCACAAGCUCAGCUCCAUUUAAACAAGGACUUGUGGUUCAGGCCAUUUGGAGAGGAUAAUGAGGAAAUUGAACUCAUGAGGCUGCAAAACCUCCAAGGGCCACCAAGAUUUCUCUUCACUAUAAAAGAAGAAACAAAGGAAGAUUUGGAGUCUGAGGACGGGAAGUCUGGAGGUGAUAAGAGUAGAAAAGGGUCAAGAAGUAGGAGCUUGAGUGAUCUAGCUCUCACAGUGGAGACACCAUAUUUGACCCCUCUUGCUUCACCACCAUAUUUCACACCACCACUAAGCCCCAUGGAGUCCUCCUCAUAUAACCAGCAAGGCUUCAAUCCUCUAUUUGAGUCAUCAACUAAUGUUGAGUUUAACAGGAUAAAGUCAUCACCACCUCCAAAGUUCAAGUUCUUGAGGGAUGCUGAGGACAAACUUCAUAGAAGAAAACUGAUGGAAGAAGAAGCUAAACAAGCUAUCCAUAAGGGUGAAGGGUCUAAAGCUCCUUCCAAUUCAAUGUUCUUCAAUGAUGAGGAAAAUGGGUCUUUUAUCACAUUCAUUGUUGCAAAGACCAAAGAGAGAGAGCUUAAUCACCAUCAAAUUUCAAAACAGUACCCUUCAAGCUCUUCACAGGUACUCCCUCUAGCUUCUUCACCUUCAAAUUUCAGAGCAACAACUGACAAAAAACCCAUCUUGCAUCAAAGUCCCAACAAAUAAAUUGGAAUUGGUUACAAUUCUUUUCAUUUACUUUCUCCUUUUUCCUUUUUUCCUAUUUCUUUGCUCGAUUUCACUAGAUAUUUUCACUUUUAGGACAUGGGCAUUUCUUAUUUUCACUAGGGGGUGUUCAGGACUGAAGUUAUUGACAGAACACUUGAAUUUCCAAGUGGGCACAACAAUCUGUGCAAGGCUGUUAAUGAUGUUGAGACAGAGGUGGUGGUCUAAUGCCAGUGGGGGACUAGUGGGUUAAUUUGUUUUUAUUCAAUCUUCAUGUCUCCUGACUUGUCCUAUAUACAUGUAAUCAUUCCUAUGGAUGAUGUAGUACUGAUGUUCAGCUUAUUGAAAAAAGGGCAUUUUUAAAUUAAAUUAGUAAAGUUCUUUCUU